AUGAACUACCCCCGCCCCAUAGAACAUGUUCCGAGUGAGCAGCUUCGAAAUCCCCGGGCGGAGGCCAAUGACGAUGGCGACAGGUAUCGCAUCGACGGAGACUGGCCCUUCACCCUCGAUAACGGCACUGGAUUUCCUCAAUCACGGUACUGGCAGUCGCGCAGGGUCCCUGAGACGCAGAGCCCGGGGUUCGACCAAAGAUCGAUAUCCAAGGCACAAAUCGACAAUGACCUGGUCAACCAGGAGAAAAGCGGCGCAAUGUUGACUACAGGAGAAUGCAGUAUCAGGGGUGGCAGCAGUCGGGGUGGUAGCAGCCAAGGCAGCGACGAUUCGCAUCAAGAUGUCAGUCUCUUGAUGAGAUUCUUGGGCACCAUGCGUAGGAUACUCUUCUCCAGCUACAUCAACGUCCUCCUACUCUUUGUCCCAGUCGGCAUCGUCCUAGGAAACAUCCCCUCCAUGACGGGGCCGGUCAUAUUCACUAUGAACGCCAUCGCAAUCAUUCCACUCGCUGGACUUCUCAGUAUGGCCACCGAGACCAUGGCGGCAAGCCGGGGGCCGGCUGUGGGGGCCCUGAUGAACAUCACCUUUGGCAACGCCGUCGAGCUCAUCAUCUUCGUCAUCGCCUUGGUCAAAGAUGAGGUGCGCAUCGUACAGGCCAGUCUUCUGGGGAGCAUCCUGGCCAAUCUAUUGUUAAUAUUGGGCAUGUGCUUCUUGUUGGGAGGCCUUCGAUUUCGAGAGCAGGUCUAUAAUGCCACCGCCACACAGACUAUGGCAUGUCUGCUGAGUUUGAGCGUCAUAAGUCUGGUGCUUCCAACCGCAUUCCAUGUGUCCUUCCAGGAUAACGCGCUUGCGAAGAAACGAGACGUAAUUAUAAGUCGCAUUACAAGUAUUGUUCUCUUGGUGGUUUAUCUUCUCUAUCUUGUCUUUCAGCUCAAGACUCACUCCUACCUAUACAAAUCUCUACCCCAAGAAAUGAUCGACGAAGAGUCUCAGCCCGGCCCUGUCGCUGCAUUUCUUCACGAAGAUUCAAGUAGCGACUCCAGCUCGGACUGCUCUUGUAGCCUCAAGGGCGAACACUCACAAGUGGCCAGCAAAUGCCGUGCCGUCAUGCGAUCACUCGGCAAAGGUCGCUUCUCGCCAAACACAUCAUCAAGCGGUGUCCACCUCCUGCAUACAUGUGCACUCGCUGCACAUGGCGGGGCUGUCUGCCAAAGUUGCCCACGACCACCUCCGGUACUACCCACUGACGACGAUGGCGAUCUUGGAUCUGGUCUACGGCCAUCGACACCACAAAGACGUCUACCCAGCCUUCACGUAUAUGGCCCCGACUUCUCCGAUAACUCGGAACUCCCAACCCGUUCCAGCUCAGCCAUCGGAACGACCCCGGCGCCAGAAAACGCACCCACAAAGCUUACGAAAUCCAGCCUCCUUGGCUCCAUCGGCCGUAGCCUCACCCCAACCAUCCUCAGAGAUCAGCCGCCCAGCAUCGCCGCCGGCAGCGUAGAGCCGGCGAUUCCCCGCCACCGUCCGAGGUCUUUACUUCCAGCCAACGACCCGCCAGAGGAACCCCUCUCCACCAAGGCUGCGGUGAUUCUCCUGAUCACGUCGACGGGCCUCGUGGCCUAUUGCGCGGAGCUGAUGGUGUCGUCCAUGUCUUCGAUGCUGGCAAAGAGCCCACCAAUCAUCGGCGAGGCCUUCAUCGGGCUUAUCGUGCUCCCCGUGGUCGGCAACGCAGCCGAGCACGUGACUGCCAUCACGGUGGCGCUCAAGAACAAGAUGGACCUCGCCAUAGCCGUAGCCGUCGGCUCCUCGAUCCAGAUCGCCCUCUUCGUCACCCCGUUCAUGGUCAUACUUGGCUGGAUGCUUGAGCGCGACAUGACGCUCCGCUUCACCCUCUUUGAGACCGUCUGCCUCUUCCUCGCCACAUUCAUCGUCGGGUUCCUCGUCCUCGACGGCAGGAGCAACUACCUCGAGGGCGCUCUGCUGCUUGCUGCCUACGUCAUUGUGGCCGUCGUGGCCUUCUACUACCCUGCCCCGACAGAGGUGGGCGCUGUUGCUGGUUGA